CAGUAUCAACAUGGCAGCGCUCUGAGUUUCUGUGGAGGGGGUCUGGUGUAAAUAAAGACGAAUUAAACACCCCACACAGCGCGACAGCGUCAGGGCGUUUGAGAUAGGGGUGCGUCGGACCGUUGGGGGGGAAAAUGUCGAGUGACGGCAACAGAAAACAGUUCUGGAAACGAAACGCAGAGAAGGUUCCCGGCAGCAUCCAGCACGUGUACGGAGCGCAGCAUCCGCCCUUCGACCCGCUGCUUCAUGCCAAUUUAAUAAAAGCAGGCAACAAGCCUCCUCCGACCACUCCAGGCAAGCCCAAGAAAGCAACUACCUUCCAGGAGUUCGAGAGCAUCACAAGUGACGCCUGGGAUGUCGGGGACGACGACGACGAGCUGCUGGCCAUGGCCGCACAGAACCUCAACAUCGAAGUCGUCAUGGAGACGGCAAAUAAGGUGAUUGAAAAUCACAGCAAACAGCAGGAGCGACAGAGGCAGGAUGACACAGCAGAGCCCGAUCAAAGAGAAGAGGGCACGCAGGAGGAGGUGGUGGAGGAAGAGGUGGAAGAUGAGGACGAUGAGGAGGAGUACCAGGGGGAUGCAGUCAGCCCAGAUGCGUCGUUGGCCUCUCAGAGCAGCCCGUACUCCGAUGCCCGGCUCGUCAAGUCCCACAGCGAAGCUCCGAUCGGGUCACCGAGAGAAGCAGCAGGUGAAGGCACAGCCCUCCACAGACAGCGGUCUCUACCCCACCGGCCGCCCCUCAUCCCGCUCGUGGCCCGCAUGGCCGACCAGAACACAUCCGGCACCCCGGCCAUGACCGAGAGGGAAGCGUCCCGUCUGGACAAGUUCAAACAGUUGCUGGCGGGGCCCAACACGGAUCUGGAAGAGCUACGGAAACUCAGCUGGUCCGGAAUCCCACGGCAGGUUCGGCCAAUCGCCUGGAAGCUUCUUUCUGGUUACCUGCCAGCCAACGCAGAGAGACGGGAAAGCGUUCUACAGAGGAAGAGACAAGAAUAUUUCGGCUUCAUCCAGCAAUACUACGACUCCCGCAACGACGAGCACCAUCAGGACACAUACAGACAGAUUCACAUUGAUAUACCGAGAACUAAUCCUCUAAUUCCUCUCUUUCAACAAGCUUCUGUCCAAGAGAUUUUUGAGCGGAUCCUGUUCAUCUGGGCCAUCCGCCACCCGGCCAGCGGCUACGUGCAGGGCAUCAACGACCUGGUCACGCCCUUCUUCGUGGUCUUCGUCUUCGAGUACAUCGAGGAGGAAGUGGAAAACUUUGACGUGUCCAGUCUGCAGGAAGAGGCUCUGAGGAGCAUCGAGGCUGACAGCUUCUGGUGCAUGAGCAAGCUGCUGGACGGCAUCCAGGACAACUAUACGUUUGCUCAGCCGGGCAUCCAGAGGAAAGUCAAGGCCCUGGAGGAGCUGGUCAGCAGGAUUGAUGAGUCCGUGCACCGCCACAUGCAGCACUACGAGGUCGAGUACCUGCAGUUCGCCUUCCGCUGGAUGAACAACCUCCUGAUGAGGGAGCUGCCACUGCGCUGCACGAUCAGACUGUGGGACACCUAUCAGGCUGAACCGGAGGGCUUCUCUCAUUUCCACCUCUACGUGUGUGCGGCUUUCCUGGUGAGGUGGAGGAAAGAGAUACUGGAGGAGAGGGAUUUUCAGGGCCUGAUGAUCCUCCUACAGAACCUCCCCACGAUGCACUGGGGUAACGAGGAAGUGAGCGUGCUGCUGGCCGAAGCCUACAGGUUGAAGUUUGCCUUCGCCGACGCGCCCAACCACUACAAGAGAUGAUGAGUGCGGCUUCCUUCGUCCUCCACCUGCUCCUCCCCGGUUCCUCCCUCCCUGUCCCUCUGCUGGAUCUGCUGGACUGGCAGGCUUCUCCACGGAGGGAAACCCCCCCCCCUUUCCUCGACCUCCAUGUCGCCCGUGUUUAUGACGGGCUUUUCUGCUAUUCAGAGAUUUGAAUCGGACAGUAACUGAGAGGAUGUGCAGUGUAGCAAUCUAACAUGAUGAUGACGAUGUGGAUGAUGUGGAGCCUUUUCUUAAAUUAUUUCUCUCUGAUCAGCUCUGAAACGUGCGCUCUGCAGCCCCGCUGCAGAAGUAGACCGUUAUUCUCCAUGAUUGCAGCUUUGUUUUUUUUGGACCUUGAGCCGCUUGUGUCGGUGCAGGACUACGAGAUGUUCUCAGCACCGCCUCGGGUUCAUCUCGCUCAGAAGGUUCUUUCCUGCUUUUUUUUUUAAAAGCUAUCAUGGCAAUACUGUUUGGUUUUAGUUUUUUUGGUUUAUUUUUUUAUUUUUUUUCCCCAGUUUGUGAAGACUGAGGAACAAAAUGCCUGAAGGGCACGUUGAUGGGUUUUCAUAUGCGAUGACUCUCUCUUGGUGGCUACACAACCUGAAGGAACACGACCUCUCCUGUUUGUGCUUCAUGCCGGGAGGGACGCAGUUCGUUUGCUAGGACUUAACGGCAGGGGGGUUUUGUGGAAAAAUUCCCUUCCAUCCAUCCUUAAAGCAGCACGUCCAACCAGUCUCCCUCUCAUCCCAUCCUGAGAGCAACAGCGCAGACGGUUGAAGGAAAGUCUCAUGUGACAUUAAAGAGGUUAAAAAGCCAUCAAGAGUGAGAAACUUCCUUGCACCUGCGUAUGAAGACCUGCGCGCUACAUUAACAUUAACUCCUGCUCUCUGUAGAUGCUGUAGGACUACCUCAGAACACACUAACGUAUUUUUGUGCCACAUGCAGAGAGAAAAUAACAAAUGCUUUGUUGCAGUCCAUCAGAACUUUCUACAAAUGAGAAAGGAAAAAAAACAAACAAACAUGCCUUUCAACUACCAGUUUUAAAGUUUUGCCUUAUUUGAUGAAGAUGCAGAGCGGGCUUCUUUUAGUUUCCUCCCUCCACUUCCUCCCAGAGCUCAGUGAUCACAUGUCACACACAUCCUCACAGCGCAGCAGUCACUUUGCGGGUCUGAGAUUUGUUAAAGACAGGUGUUUCCAUGUUGUUCCGCUGGUGGAACACGUCUGUCUGCACUCGAGACCCGAACGCCAAGGAAAACCAGUCCGAUCAAGACGAGCAGCGAUGCAUCGGGGACCGAGCGCAGCAUUAACAAGCGCGCCUUAUUAAGCCGUGCAAAUUGCCUUCCUUUGAAGCUGAUUCUGCUCUGCAGAAACACACGAAGGCAGCAGCUUUGUUAUGGAUUCCAACAUAAAUUGGGUCUAACUUUUUAAAUUCACUGACAUGAGCUCAGUCUGUAUGGAUUCUCUUAAUUAAAUCAUAUGUAAGCAGCGCGGAGCUGCUGCAGAUUUACUGUCUCUGCUCUCCUGCGUAACAUCCUGCUUCCUGCAGCUCCGGUCAUCAGGGACGUCGGACAUGUUUUCAUAUCCAUUCCCACGAGGAAACAGUUGUGUAAAAGGACCAGUAGCUGAUACUUAAGGUGAAACGGAGCUUUACUCCUAUGAAUUUUAGUUAUUUUCUCUCUUCUCAAAGUCAAACAGUGGCUGUCAUUGAAAUAUUAUUGACCAAAUCCAUGUUGAAUCAAAUUAGAAAUCAGAUCUAAUUGGGUUCCCGUGAUCAGAAUCACUUUGGGACAUCAGCCUCCUGACAAACCUCUACUCUUUUACUUUAGUGUUACGAAAGAAGCGUUAUUUAAUUUGCAAAGUACAUUUUUAAUUGCAGGGGUAACAGAUUGCUCUAUGAAUUACAACUUGAAG